AAUGAAACCGGAAGUUACAAAAAUGGAAAAAGAAAAAGACGAGUUGUUCCUCUUGGAGAGAGUAUUCCUCAGAUUAGGAUCAUGUGAGACAGAUGAACAGCUUCAGUCAAACCUUGCCAAGUUUCUUGUACCAUGUCUUUCAAAGAUAUCCAGUGAGUUUGAAAAUGUGAGAAAAAAGGUGAUGGAGUUACUGACUCAUAUUAACAAAAGGGUUAAGAGUCGUCCUAAGAUUCAGCUACCUGUUGAUGAUCUCCUGAAGCAGUAUAUGAGUCCAGAUGCAACAGCGUUCAUCACAAAUUUUACAAUACUCUAUGUUAAGAUGGGAGUUAGUCGGUUGCCACCCGAACAGCAAGGGGCUUUGGUGCCAACACUCUUCAACUGCUUAGAGGGUAAACCUAAACCACAACAAGACUGUAUUCUUCAACUGAUGAUCACUGCAAUUCAGUAUAUGAAAAUACCUGAAGACCCGGCUAAAAGCAAAGUUCUUCUACCUUUACAAGACAAACCACAGUUGACAAAGAAUUUGCUUGCGUACAUGUUGGAUGCUCUCCUUUUACCAUACGGGUGGACUGGUCAGAAGGAGGGUGCUCCCACAAUGUCUGCACCCCCAGGUCUUACAACCAGUUCAUACAAGGCUCUCACUGCUGAGGGUAUACCUGAACCAGAUGCAUUGGAAAAGAUAAAGAUCGGAUUAUUAAAACUCCUUGGUGCAAAUAUGCUACCAGAACAUGAUGUGGUUUGUCUUUACACAGUUGCAACAGCAGAUGCUCGUCAUAAUGUUGCAGAAACUGCAGAUAAAGAACUGAAAAGAAUAUCAGGCAGUGUUGACUGGAAUAAUAUGGCUGUGAUUAGUAAACUAUUUGCAAUCUAUCAAGGGACUGUAGUUGUCAAAGGCAAACCAAGCCCUAUCAAACCAGAACAUAUAAGAUUACCAGUCAACAUAAGAGUCAAGCUGAAGAUUUUUCCAUAUUUCUUAAGAUCCAGCGAAUCUGCCAAUCACUUUCCAGCAUGCAUUCAGGUUCUUUUUGAUGCUUUGUUUGGAACAGAUACCAAUGCCAAACUGAAGUCUCUUGGAGUGCAGUAUGUCCAUCAUAUAUGCCUACAUGCUUCAGAUGCCAAAUUCAAUCCGAUCGCUGGUGUAUUAAUGAAUGGAAUGAUCAAACUGGUGAAGAAUUCUUCUGAGAACAGUAAUAUUCGAGGAAGGGCCUAUGUAGCAGUUGGCAAGAUAGGAAAGAGAGCUCCUAACCUAGUGAGCAAAGAUAUAGCUUUACUUCAGCAGUUCUUUGAUGCUAUAACUAAAGAAGAGGGAGAGCUGAAACUUGCUAUACAGGAGGCUCUAUCAAUGAUGUCUAGUGCCUUCAAAGAUCUCUCUGGAACAAAUUGUGCUCUAAUGGAGGCACUCAUUCUACAGAAUAUUGAAAAGGUUGAAUCACAGGCACGAUUGAUGUCUGUUCAGUAUGCUAGCAAUGUGUUCCCAUCUUAUCACAUCCCUUCAACUUAUGUACUAUUAUUGGCAGCCGGAGACAGUCAAGAUGAUAUAAGAACAGAGGCUAUCAAAGCUCUGUAUGGUGUUGGACAGAAUGAAGGGGGAGAAAAACAUAAAGACAGAGAUGACCUUCCAGAUUUCUCACAACUUGUAGUGUAUCUAGCACAAAAGGGUGAGCAGAGGAUUAAGACAAGCAGCAAAUAUGAAGUUGGAAGCAAGGUUCUACCCUUCAAUCCAAAUACAUACACAGAGAUAAUACGGUACUGCAGACUGUGCCUGGCAAACAGCUCGGGAGUUAAAGUCUCAUUUGAGUCUCUGUCUGAAGAGAGGAAAUCCCAUGCUCCAUCUAUUGGCAAAUAUGUUGGUAGAAUGUUAGAAGGAAAUGGUAUUGAGGAAAAUAAUGCAAUACACAUUUAUAGUACUAUGCUGCAACAGUUCCUGUCGGCAGUGCAAGGUGAAGAUGCCAUGUACUGUUUACUAGAGUUAGUGUCUGUAGCCAAGGGUAAACUGUCAACAAAAUUUGUGGAUAAGUUGCCAUGGAUUAAGAACCUGAUGUUCAAUAACAGAGACAGUGUGAGAGACUAUGCCGCAGAGCUCUAUGCAGUCAUUGUAUCAGUCACCCAAGAUGUUCAGGCCAUACAGUUAACCAUUGAGGAACUUAAUGAGAAUAUGAACAACAAGAGUUUAGAGGUUCAACAUGGAAGCAUCCUUGCCCUUGGACACAUGAUAGCCAAUGCACUAGUGAGUGAACCAACAGGGUCCAGUAGUGUAGGAGACGUUACUAUGGAAGACCUGGAGACACCAGGAAAUAACACAGGUACCACACCUGGUACAGAGACCAAUGGUUACAUUGUGGAGGCGGUUCAUAGUCUAGUGAAGCAAGUAGGCAGUAGUCAGGCAUUACUAGCCUGUGGGGCAUGCCUAUCCCUGGGGGAGAUAGGGCGGCGCUGCCCCCUCCCUCUCCCUGAUGGAAGCAAGGAAGACACACAAGAAGAUCUUGUCACCAAGCUAAGCCUCGUGAAGAAACUCAUCAAAAUUGUUCAAGCUACAAAAGAGACAAUAAAGGUUCGAGAGAGGGCAUCAUUUUGCCUUGGAUAUAUGUGUAUUGGAGAUUCCAAGUUCCCACACAGACAAGUUGUAAUGGAUGGCCUAGUAGAAUCAGCACAGAACAAAGAAGUGGAGCUCCACCUAAGUAUAGGGGAUGCCCUCGUGUGUGUAGCUCAGGGUAAUAUGUCUCCCCUGGCCAGAAACACAUGGUUAGAGGAUGCCACAACUGUACCACCACAGUAUGAUUGUUCUUUGGUAGAGACACUCGUCAAGUUGAUUCUGACCAAAUAUGUGACACAUGCCAGUCCACAUGUUAGACAGUGUGCUUGUAUUUGGCUGUUGUCUGUCAUGAACCAGUGUGCAAAGCAGACGGAUGUACAGAAACACCUGGGGGAUAUACAAGUGGCCUUUAUGACAAUGUUGUCUGAUAAAGAUGAAGUGACUCAAGACUUGUCAUCCAAAGGUCUUAGUCUUGUCUAUGAGAACAGUGGUGAGGACCAGAGGAGUGGUCUUGUUUCCUCUUUAGUGGACACACUUAUGACUGGAAAAAGGCCCCAGAUGCAAGUCACCCAAGACACAGAACUAUUUGCUGAGGGUGCAUUGGGAAAAACACCAGAUGGGGCAAAUAUGUCGACCUAUAAAGAACUCUGCUCUAUUGCUAAUGACUUGAACCAGCCAGACCUCAUCUAUAAAUUUAUGCACCUUGCCAACCAUAGUGCUAUGUGGAACUCAAAAAAGGGUGCAGCUUUUGGAUUCAAGACUAUAGCAGCUCAGGCUGGUGAGCAACUGGCCCCUAUCCUACAUAAGAUUGUGCCACGAUUGUACCGCUACCAGUUUGACCCGAACCCCCGCAUUAACCAAGCCAUGACAAGCAUCUGGAAUGCUCUUGUAUCAGACACAAAGAAAACUGUUGAUAAAUAUCUUGGGGAGAUCCUUUCAGAUGUUGUGCAGAACUUAACCAACACCCAGUGGAGAGUUAGAGAAUCAAGUUGCUUUGCUCUGAAUGAACUCCUAAGACGUCAACAGCUUGAUGACGUGAUUGGUGAGCUGCCAAACAUCUGGGAGAUCUUGUUCCGCGUCAUGGAUGACAUAAAAGAAUCUGUUCGCACUGCUGCAGAUGUUGCUGUCAAAACUCUUAGCAGGGUGAGCAUUCGUCUAUGUGAUGUUGACAAUGGGAAGCUGGGAGAAAAGGCAAUAAUUGCAAUUAUUCCAAGUUUGCUUAACAUUGGACUAGCAAGUCAAGUGAAAGAAGUAAGAAAUAUCAGUUUGAAAACCAUUGUUGAAAUAAGCAAGAAGUCAGGCAAGUUGUUAAAGCCUCACGUUCCACUACUAACUGGUGCCCUAUUGGAAAGUUUGAGUGGUCUAGAAAACCAGGCACUCAACUAUGUCAGUCUGCAGUAUUCAUCCAGCCAGGAGUCGCAAGAUUUGUUGGACAAGGCAAGAAUCGCUGCAUCAAAAAGCUCUCCAAUGAUGGAAACUAUAAAUAGGGGUAUACAAUUUGUGGAUGCUGAGAAUCUCCCAGAGCUUGUUGCCAUUAUCAGCAAGCUUGCAAAGAGUGGUAUAGGACUUGGAACAAAGGCUGGUUGCUGUCAUGUGAUUGUCUCCCUAACAAGGCAAUGUGGAGCAGAUAUGACACCCUUAGCAGGUAAGCUACUGAGUAACACCCUCCAUAUGUUACAAGAUAAAAGUGGAGCUAUAAGGAAAUCUGCUGCUACGGCUAUUGGACAUCUUGUUAAGGUUGCAAAGGAAAGCAGUGUUGAAAAAGUGAUAGUUAAGCUGAAAACCUGGUACCUUGAAAAAGAUGACGAGAACUUAAAAAAGGCAUGUGGUGUGACGCUAGCUGCAAUAAAUCACAAUGCCCCUGAUGUCCUCCAACGCCACGCUACAUUGGCCCUGCCUAUGGCUUUCUUUGCCAAACAUGAAAAGAAGAAAGAGGGAGAUGACAAGGCAGGCCCCUGGGAGGAUGUCUGGAAUGAAGCGACACCGGGGACUGCAGGAGGACUGAGGCUCUACCUCAAAGAAAUUGUGGAACUUGUGGAAAAUGGUAUUAAAUCUCAGUCAUGGGACCUGAAAGCCCAGAGUGCUUCAACUAUGGCAAGUAUUGCAGAGAGCCUUGGAACAAGUCUGGUGGACCCCCAUCUUACAUUGCUGCUAGUGGCCUUGAUGAAUGGUUUGCCUGGGAGAACAUGGACUGGCAAAGAAAUCUUACUUCAGGCUCUGUCCAGUGUGUAUGUCUCAUGCAGAGAAACCAUCCAAAAGUCUGAAAACAAAGAGCAACCGUCACCAGACAUUGUUGUGGAUGCUUUACUCAAGGAAUGCAAGAAGGAGAAUGUAGUCUACAAGACAGCAGCCCUCAAAUGCACUGGAGAGAUUCUAGAAGCCUAUGAAAUAGACCGUUAUGGGGACAUUUUAGAAAUUCUCAAUCCACUGUUGAAUCCAAGUAAAGGAGACACAGAAGAUGAUGACAAAGAUGAUAAGAAUGCUAGGUUUGACUUACAAUGUGUUGCCUUUGAGUGCCUUGGACAGGCUUGGCCAAAACAAAAAGUUACACAAGAUACACAUCAAUGCAGUAGUUGUGCACUCCUGUCUGAGAGAUUAACUGCUUCAUCAUGGAAGGUCCAAAUAGCUAUUGUUAAAACCCUUAACAAGCUCAUAGAUAGAUUGCUGAUACUAGAAGAUGAUACACUACGUGGUAACCAUAGUUACUUAGAUGCCAUCAUAACAUCAAUUACGCCAUCUAUAUGUAUAUGUUUAGGUAAUAUUAAGUAUGCAGGACUUCGGAAAGAAUGUCUAGGUGUCCUGGAAACACUCACAAAAAAGCUCAGCAAGCUAUCCUGUCUAGAUAUACUACCCCCUGGUCCAUGUGCUCAGCUACGGGACUCUUUGAAAGCUUUGGAAAAUGACAGCCAACCAGAGUUGAAACACAAAGCAUUAGAUCUAUACAAAAUAAUACCAAAUAAGGAAUGA